AUGGCUCUGCUCGCGGCUGCUAGAGCUGCCUGCAGCCGGGGCCCGUGCGAGGCCCGGCUCGUCGGCGCCAAGUUCGCGCGGCUCGAUGACCCCGUCGCCGUCGACGCCCUGACACAGGACGACCUCAGCGACGUCGAGCUGGAGGAGCUCCCCAUCGUGGUGCCUGCCGUCUGCCUCCCUUACAACGCCGGCCCGCUCGCCUCCGUAGACCGCGUCUCGGUGACGCUGCGGUCGGCUUUGGGCGAGGAGAUGCCAGCUGGCAUGGUCUGCGCGAAGGUCUCGCCGUCGCCCCCGGCGCGGCUCGCCGAGAGCUGCGCGGAGGACGAGGUGAUCGA